CCCGCCGGCGCAUCCUGGUUCCCCGCCCAAGCCCGGCGUCCCCCUGCGCGUCCCGCCCCGGGCGAGGUGUCCGGGCCGCGGUCUGCGCUCUGGGCCGCCUGCGCUGCCCCGCCCUGCAGGUCGCGAGGUGGGGAGGCGGUGUCCGGAAGGACCUGUGCGGGCGGGGGUCGGCGGGCUUCCUGCUGCUCUGAGCCGCCUGGCGACUCGGAGGCCCUCCGCCAGGGGCCGGGGUUUCCUUCUCUCCCGUGUAACGGAGGUUCAUUUUCCAGACACUGAAAGAGCAGAAUGGCUAAAUAAGACUGUAAAGCACAUGUGGCCUUUUAUUUGCCAAUUUAUAGAGAAGCUGUUUCGAGAGACCAUAGAGCCAGCUGUGCGGGGAGCAAACACCCACCUCAGUACCUUCAGCUUCACAAAGGUGGAUAUGGGCCAGCAGCCCCUUAGGGUCAAUGGUGUUAAGGUAUAUACUGAAAAUGUAGACAAAAGGCAAAUUAUUCUGGACCUUCAGGUUAGUUUUGUAGGAAAUUGUGAGAUUGAUCUGGAGAUCAAACGUUAUUUUUGUAGAGCCGGCGUGAAAAGUAUACAGAUCCAUGGGACGAUGCGGGUGAUUCUGGAGCCCCUGAUUGGAGACAUGCCUUUAGUUGGAGCUUUGUCCAUCUUCUUCCUUAGGAAACCACUUUUAGAGAUUAACUGGACGGGACUGACCAAUCUUCUGGACAUCCCUGGAUUGAAUGGCUUGUCUGAUACUAUCAUUUUGGAUAUAAUAUCAAACUAUCUGGUGCUUCCCAAUCGAAUCACUGUUCCUCUCGUCAGUGAAGUUCAAAUAGCUCAGUUGCGGUUUCCUAUACCAAAGGGUGUUCUGAGGAUACAUUUCAUUGAAGCUCAGGAUCUUCAGGGUAAAGAUACUUACCUCAAGGGCCUGGUCAAGGGAAAGUCAGACCCCUAUGGAAUUAUCCGUGUGGGCAACCAAAUCUUCCAAAGUAAGGUCAUCAAAGAGAACCUCAGUCCCAAGUGGAACGAAGUGUAUGAGGCUUUAGUCUAUGAGCACCCUGGACAAGAGUUGGAAAUUGAGCUUUUUGAUGAAGAUCCAGACAAAGACGACUUCUUAGGAAGUCUUAUGAUUGAUCUCACCGAGGUUGAAAAGGAGCGCCUUUUAGAUGAAUGGUUCACCCUGGAUGAGGUUCCCAGAGGAAAGCUGCAUCUGAAGCUAGAGUGGCUCUCCCUGCUGCCGGAUGCCUCACACCUAGACAAGGUGCUGAUGGACAUCAGAGCUGACAAAGAUCAAGCCAAUGAUGGUCUUUCUUCUGCACUGCUGAUCUUGUACUUGGAUUCAGCAAGGAAUCUUCCGAGUAUCUACGAGGGAAACUUUGGGUGUGGCUACUUAAAAGAGAGGCGAGCGUCGGGACUAGUGUUUUGUGAAAAUACUACCUCAGUCUAUAGAGCACUAUUUUCAGGGAAGAGAAUAAACAGCAACCCAAAUCCUCUUGUCCAAAUGUCAGUUGGUCACCAGGCUCAGGAGAGUAAGAUUCGAUAUAAAACCAGUGAACCGGUGUGGGAGGAAAAUUUCACCUUCUUCAUUCACAACCCCAAGCGCCAGGAUCUCGAGGUCGAGGUCAAAGAUGAGCAGCACCAGUGCAGUCUGGGGACCCUGAGGAUCCCCCUCAGUCAGCUACUAGCAAGUGAGGACAUGACUGUGAACCAGCGCUUUCAACUCAGCAGCUCAGGGCCCAACAGCACCUUGAAGAUGAAGAUCGCCCUCAGGGUACUCCAUCUUGAAAAGCAGGAAAGGCCUCCGGACCACCAACAUUCAGCUCAAGUGAAACGACCCUCCGUUUCCAAAGAUGGGAGGAAAGGGCUUGUCAGGUCUCAGGCGUCCGCGUCUCCAGCCACCAGUGGCAGCAGCACAGCUCCCUCCACACCCGUCACUGGAGCCGCAGAUAAGCCCGGGACAGAGGAGAAGGCCCAGCCGCCUGAGGCCAGCCCUCCAGCCCAGCACGACCUGGGCAGAAGCACCUCCAGCCUCCUGGCCUCACCAAGCCAUGCCUCCAUCAAAGAGCCCACUCCUAGCAUUGCCUCAGAUAUAUCUCUGCCUAUUGCCACCCAGGAGCUGCGUCAAAGGCUACGACAGCUCGAAAAUGGCACGAUGCUGGGGCAGUCUCCCCUGGGGCAGAUCCAGCUCACCAUCCGGCAUAGCUCCCAGAGAAACAAGCUCAUCGUGGUGGUGCACUCCUGCAGAAAUCUCAUCGCUUUCUCAGAAGAGGGCUCCGACCCGUAUGUCCGCAUGUAUUUAUUGCCAGACAAGAGGAGAUCAGGAAGGAGGAAAACCCACGUGUCAAAGAAGACACUAAACCCAGUGUUCGAUCAGAGCUUUGAUUUCAACGUGUCACUCCCUGAGGUACAGAGGAGGACGCUGGAUGUAGCGGUGAAGAAUAGUGGUGGCUUCCUGUCCAAAGACAAAGGGCUGCUUGGCAAAGUGCUGGUGGCUCUGGCAUCUGAAGAGCUUGCGAAGGGCUGGACCCAGUGGUACGACCUCACAGAGGAUGGCACGAGGCCCCAGGUGAUGACAUAGCCAUGCUGGUGCAAGGUGCCUCCUCCACUCGGACACACCCUCUUCGCACACCUACCAAUGUUAUUUUUACAAUUUUGUGUAUUUAGUUAUAUAUAUA